CUUUAACACAUAACCUAUAAAAAGAAAACACAUUUUUAUGUUUGAUAAGCAUGGCAAGUUCAAUGUUGAGUGAGGCCCAACUACAAGUUAAAUUCAUUACAAAACAAGAACAGUAUGCUGUUCCGGAUGUUCCAUUCUCUGUUCCAACAAACAUCGACGUUAAAUCAUUAAACAAUUUAAUAAAUAAAUUACUAAAAGAACAUUCAGACUUCCUAAAACGACUAGAUUUUGAUUUUUUGGUUUGUGGAGAGCUCUUAAGAACCCCUUUAAAUGAGCAUUUACAAGAAAGAAAUGUAUCCAUCGAAACGACUGUUGAAAUUGAAUAUUUAUUGCGUACGCCUGCUCCACAACCAGAAGAUGCUUUAUUACAUGAAGAUUGGGUAUCUGGGAUACAUGUAGCAGAUAAAUGGGUGUUAACUGGUUGUUAUGAUAGUACAAUAAAUUUAUGGACUGUGAAAGGAAAUCAUACUGUUUCAUUAAAAGAUCACACAAAUAUAGUUAAAGCUGUGUCUUGGGUUAAAGAAAAUGAUCCCACUGGUGGGUUUGUAACUGUUUCCCAUGAUUUAACUGGAAUUUUAUGGCAUUGGGAACCUGGUGCGACCCCUGAAAUUGUUUCUGUCCUCCGUGGGCAUGAAAGAGGGAUAGAUACUGUAGGAAUUAGUCCUGACACUAACAGAAUAGCUACAGGAGGUUGGGAUACUCAUUUAAAAAUAUGGUCAACAUUGCAACAUGAUAGAAAUGAACUUAGAAUGGAAGAUGAACCACCUAGCAAAAAAACUAAAGGAAAUUCUAUUAACCAGACACCACUACAUACUUUAACUGGUCAUAAAGAAAGUAUUUCUAAAGCUCUUUGGUUAGAUAAUGAAAAUAUUUGCACAGUUUCUAUGGAUCAUACAAUUAAAAUUUGGGAUGCAACGUUGUGUGGUUUAAAACGUGAAAUGAUUGGUCAAAAAGCAAAUCUAAGUGCCAGUUGGUCUACAUUAUCAAACUCUUUAUUAGUAACAUCAGCGGAUCGUCAUAUUAGAUUGUAUGAUCCUCGAAAUGCUGAAGGUUCUGUUUGUAAAGUGACUUAUACUUCACACAAAUCAUGGGUCACCUGCGUGGCUUGGUCUCAAUAUGAUCAAAAUUUGUUUAUGUCUGGAGGACAUGAUGAAUGUGUUAAAGUUUGGGAUACAAGAAGUCCCAAUGCACCUCUUUAUGAUUUAACAGGGCAUGAAGGAAAAGUUUUAUGUGUUGAUUGGUCAAAUCCAAAACAUUUAGUUUCUGGUGGAACUGAUAAUAGUGUCCAUAUAUUUAAAAAUGUACAUUUUAAUGGUUGAUGAAAUUAUGAUAUGUUUAAAUAAAAGUGUACCUCUAUA